AUGGUCGCUAAUUCGAGGGAACAGAUGUCUAAGUUUCUAUAUGUUGUGUCCGACUUAGUGAAGACAGAGUACAUAAAUGUUAUGUUGUUGGAUGACAUGAACACAUCUAGGCUCAAGACUCAUGCUCACCAGGUUGAGGAAGAUAAGCUUAAGGAAAUAACUAAGGGUCAAGAAGGUAACAAUAAUAGGGCUCGGUUUACAGUUCCAGCAGCACCAGUAGGUCGCCCAACGCAGCAGGGUGUUUCAUCUGGUAUAGGUGGCAGUCAGCGCCAGAAUAGGUUGUAUGCUCGCCAGGAUCAGGAAGAUUCUCUUGAUGUGGUCACUGGUAAUUCGGAGGCAAGAAAGGUGUGUGGACCUACUUUACUAAAAGAUAUUUGGAAACUUCCUUUGGGAAAAAUAGUUGACGUGUCGUUUAAUAGUCAUAAUCAGGCUAUUAGAAAAGAGGGUCGAAAGCUUUCUAGCUUUCUAGGAAUUAUUGCAAGAACUCCAAAAUUAACACCUCUACAUGUAGAUGAUUGGAGAAAUUUCGACAUUGAGGAAAAUAAGAAAUUGCUUAAUUUUGUGAGGAAGAAGUUCUCUAUCCCAAAAUGCGGAAAAGCCUCUACCUUAAAGUCACUAGAAAAGAAAUGGAAAAAUUACAAGUGUCAGUUAAAAGGUGACCAUAUUCCUAAGUAUAAGACUAAAGAUGCUUUGCUAAAAAAUAGACCAAGUCGUAUAUCGAGAGAUCAAUGGAGUGAUCUGGCCUCUUAUUGGCUUUCCGACAAAGCUAAGAGACGUACCCAAGCAAAUAGAAAUAAUAGGACCAAGCAAAAGAUGUCUCGCACGGGAGGAUCCAAAAGUAUUGCUACCUUAAUAAAUGAGCAGGACAUGAUAAAUGAGAAGAUGAGCAAUAGCGAGGGAUCUACUGACCAACCUACUCACCAUGUUGCUUGGAAAGGUGAUGUGUAUUUCCAAGUAUUAGGAAAUGAAAGAAGUGGGUAUGUUCGUAGUUUAGGACUUGGUCCAACUCCUUCUGCUCUAUGA